CACCACUUCUCUUCUCUCUAUUAUGCUCGCCUGAUUGAACGACCAGCUUCUACCUUCUUCUUCUAAUCCUUCGCAUCAUUUCGUACCUAGAAUCCUUCUCUUCUUCCUGUCGCAGGCAGCCUACAGUGGUCCAUUUCUCGACUACCUCUGAGGCAACUUCUUCACCCACACUUCUGGCCUGCGAUGGCCCCUCAGAGAUAUGAAGCGGUGAACACCCACGACGAUGAAAUAGAUUCUCCCCUUACUCCUCACUCGCGCAAUGGCAUCCCUUCUUCACCUCCUCCAUCCUUUCACUCCAGAGCAUCAUCGCCCACCGGCCGCCGAUUGCUGAACCAAGAUCCCCUUUCCAGCGACGCCGAUCGGGACCUCGAAGACACGUUUGACGAUGGGGAAGCCUCAGACGCAGAAAAUGAUGGCGAUGACCGGCAGCGAUUGAUGAGGGCCGACCCACCGCCUGCUGCCCAAGAUGCGACAACUCCUGGGACACCCCCUGCAAACUCAACUUCAGCACCUCCCAGGGUCGAGCGAAGAGUGACUGAACUCCCAGCUUUCAGGCCAAUGCCAACAUCCGCGAGAGCAAUGGAUGGUGUGUUUGCGAAUCUGUCCGCCAAACCGGAAAGGGGAGGACCUAUCGAUGAUAAGCCUCCUACAUAUGAACAAGCUGCUGCUGAUGCCACCCCGCCUUACUGGGAGACUACUAUUCUGGCUCCUGGCAUGUCUUCCGACGAGGUUUACGUUGAUGGCCUUCCUGUUGGUUCCGUCUUCUCCUUCGUUUGGAAUGGCAUGAUUUCCAUGUCUUUUCAACUCGUCGGUUUCCUCCUCACUUAUCUUCUUCAUACGACACAUGCUGCAAAACAUGGUAGCCGAGCUGGUCUUGGCUUGACUUUGGUUCAGUAUGGAUUUUACAUGACGAGUUCAGGCGAUGGUGGCCAGGAAACUGGAAAUCCAGGGCAAUUCUCGAAUUCUUCGCCGCCCGAUCCUAAUAGCCACGAUUUCGAUCCCAGCACUGUUGAUGGAUCAGGUAAAUCGGGUUCAGGAGGACACGGUUUAGGAGGAUUCACAAGUGCAGAUUGGAUUUCUUACGUUUUAAUGAUUGUUGGCUGGUUCAUUCUUAUUCGGGCUGUGUCAGACUUCUUGCGAGCGAGACGGCACGAGCAGCUUGUUUUGCAAAGUCCAAACCGUGGUCUGCCAGUACCUGUGGUUGCCGAGGGCGAAACUCCCGAGCAGGCCGCAUAGUUUGUUGUUUUAUACAAUUGUUUAUUAUCGGAUACAGGAAUAAAAUUUGCCCGACGAGGCUGUAUGAUUCUUUUCUUCCUCUAUACGAGUCUGGCCUGACUUUUCUGUUUGAUUUGAAUCUACGCGGAAAGAGAAGUGUGCGAUGAAUGCAGCAAAGAACGUGGAGCGUGCUCAAAGCUAUCUGCCAGCUAUUCGUACAAUUGAAUUGCCCGUGUUUCUAAGGCCCGUUAAAC